AAAUGGAUAUCUCUUAUUAUCCGAAUGUUGGAUAAUCUUAAUACUAUACUAUUAUUAUAUUGUAAUUAUACUAAGCAAUCUUUUGUAACAAUAGAGAAAAUGGGAAAUAUCGGCAUACUCUUUACCGCUAAUAUUCAAUUAAAAAGUUAUGCAAUAAUCUCAGCAUUAAGACCUAUGAAAAACUAUUUACAUCACUUUGCAUUAACUGAAGGAAUAUAUUAUGUGAAAAAGCAGCCCAGAUCUCUGCAAGUUAUUCAGCACUGUGAUAUUUCAAAUUUUUCAUUUUGCAAUUGUGUCAAAAUGACUAAUGUGAGAAACUUUUCUGUGACCUGUGUAUUGGCGAAAGGCAAAGACCGUGGCAAAGAUAAAAAGAAACAAAAAGUACAACAUAUUGAUUAUAAUGAGAUGGAACAAGUUAUUGAUGUUAAAAAACUAACAUCUCAAUUUGAGAAGACAAUUGAAAUCUUAAAAAAUGACUUUGUCAAAAAUUUAUCAGUACGAUCCAGUAUGGGUGCUAUUGAAAAUUUAUCUGUAAAAUUUGAAGGCAAAGAUUACACAUUGCAAGAGCUUGCACAAAUCAGUCGUAAACCGAAACUAGUAGUGCUAAAUGUAUCUAGUUUUCCACAAGCUAUUCCUGACAUUCUGAAAAGUCUUAUGAAAAAUCAAAUGAAGUUAAAUCCACAACAAGAUGGGACUACCAUUUAUAUUCCUACUCCUAAAGUAACGAAGGAACACAGAGAAACCUUAUCUAAAAAUGCAAAAAAUUUUUAUGUGAAAUGCUGCGAAAAUAUUAGAGAAAUACGCAACAAGCAAAUUAAGACAGUAAAACAAAAGGAAAAGUUAGCAAAAGAUUUGGCAUUUAGGAUAGAAAACUAUAUAGAUAUUCUUAGCCAUCAGUAUACGAGUGAAGCUGAAGAAAUGUUGGAAGUAAAACAAAAAGAAUUGUUAGGUGAUUCUGAAUAAAUAUAAUAAAUAAAUAUAUACAUACAAAGUGU